CGGGGGCGGAACCAAAUGGAGUCUCUUGUUUCCACCCAGCCGACCGACGGGACUGGGCAGUCGGACGCCGCAGAGGAAGGAAGAGGAAUCAUGAAUCUGCUGUCAGUGUUGGUGCCUCUUCUCAAACUUUACUACUGUGGAAUCAGAGUUCUCAUCUACCAGAUGUUCAACAGAUCUUUUAAUCUACCAGUUUUACAGAAGCAGAAUGGAAGGGUUGGCAUUGUUACUGGUGGUACAAGAGGAAUGGGUUAUGAGACUGCAAGACAACUGGCAAGACUUGGAAUGCAUGUUAUUAUAGCUGGGAAUGAGACAGAGGAGGGCUUAGCUGCUGAAAGGACAAUUCAGGAGGAAUGCAAAGAGGGGAAAGUGGAGUUUCUGUUUCUGGACCUGACUUCCCUCAGUUCAGUGCGAGAAUUUGUCAAAACAUUCAAAGACAGAGGGCUUCCGCUCCAUCUUCUGGUUAACAAUGCUGGCACCAUGCUGGUUCCUGAGAGAGAGACAGAAGAUGGCUUUGAGUUUCACUUUUCCCUCAACUACCUCGGCCACUUCCUGCUGACCAACCUGCUGCUUGACUUGCUGAAGAAAUCAGGCAGACCAGGUUGCUGUUCCCGUAUCGUCAACAUGUCCUCUGCAACACACUAUGCGGGGAUUAUACACAUGGAUGACCUCAACAGGAGGUUAAGCUACAGCUCUCACGGUGCCUACGCCCAAAGCAAACUCGCCUUAGUCCUUUUCACUUAUUACCUACAAGAGCAGAUGACAAACAAAGGUUUCCCAGUGAUGGUCAACGCUGUGGAUCCUGGGAUGGUGGACACGGCACUCUACAACAACCUGUGGAGCCUGGCGCAGGCACUCAAAAAGCCAUUUGCCAAGACUUUGUUCAGGACACCGUCAGAGGGUGCCUCCAUAAUCAUCUAUGCUGCAGCUGCCUCUGAGAUGGAAGGGGUGGGGGGCUGCUACCUCUACAAUGGUGAGAAGAGACAAUCAGCCAAAGAUUCCUACGACUCUGAACUUCAAGCGAAGUUGUGGAGAAAGAGCUGUGAAUUUGCAGGCCUACACAAAGGUUGAUAUGCACUGUGACUGUCCUUCAAAAACCAAUACAUCCAGAUCAGAUUUGAAAUUUUCUAAGGAUGUGUCUGAGACCAAUGAUUCCCAAUCACUAUCGUGUGGAAAUGUAUAAAUUUUUCCUAAUUGGUCUGAAAAUUUGUAAUCUCUUUGUUCAUCUAUUGUAUCCGUACAAGCAAUGUAUUGUGACGGGAUUAACCUGUUGCCAUUCAGACAACUGAAUGCAUUUGUUAAAUUUAACAAGACCAGAUUUCCCAUUUCGUAAUUUGAUCUGAGAUCAUGGUAAUUUCAAUGUACUGUAAUUUCCGGCCUACAGAGCGCACCGGAUUAUAAACGUCACCCAGUACAUUUGUAAAGGAAAUACCAUUCGGUAGAUACAUAAAUUGCACAUGUGUAAAGGCCACAAGUGCCCACAUUGAAACCCACAUUGAAACACGAAAUAUUUACAAAGGAAGACUGUGCACAGAAAUAGUUUUCAAACUUCUUAACAUAGCAACAACACGCUAGCAUAAACAGAGCUGGUUUAAAAAAAAGAAACAAAAACAUACCGGUAAAAAAAAAAAAAAAAAAAACAGCCGAGCAGCUACACAGUAGCAACACAAUAGCACAGCACUAACAGAGCCGGUUAAAAAAAACGUACCUAAAUCACUGAGAUGCGGCAGUAACACAGUAGAAACACGGCACGAAUGCACACGCGGCGCUAACACUACUGCGGUGCUAACAGGGUCAGUUAAAAAAAAACAUAAAAAAAAAUCACCGAGACACUGCAGUAGCACAGCAGCAACACGCUAGCACAGCGCUAACAUGGCCGGUUAAAAAAAAAAAAAAAAAAAAAAUGGUGAAAAUCACAGCGACAUGGCAGUAAAACAGCAGCAACAUGCUAGCACAGUGCUAACACUUGCGCAGCGCUAACAGGGCUGGUUAAAAAAAAACAUACCAGUAAAAGUCACUUCCUCGGCACAUAUAUUCCACUGGUGUCACUUUUCCGCUCGAGUGCCCCCUUGCGGCCAUUAGAAAAAAAGCACAGGGUUGAAAGCGUGUGAAAAAAGUCGCGGCUUAUAGGCCGGAAAUUACGGUACAUGGUAUUUCACUUUAGUUUUGUGUUUUUCUAUUGUGAAAUAUGUCUGACCCUGACUCCAUAAUUGUGAAACAUAAUGCAACAGACAACUGGAACACAGGUCAGAACAUUGUGGCUGCCCAAUAUACUGUAAUUAAAAUGUAUUGGCUGUGCAAUAUUA